AUGCGCUUCCUGUGCAUCCUGGCGGUCGUAGGAGCCGUCGCCGUCUUCGCUAAAGGUUUUCAUAACAAAUUAUCGUACGUUCAAAGGCGGGUCGCAACUGUCGUUUCUCUUGAAAACAGCACAAAAAUUUGUCUUAAUGGUGCUGAACGGUGGUUGGCCUUCCGAACUCUGAGAUUAUGCUGGUUUUUGAAGGCGUGUAGGCGGAGUUUGUAGAGAAGUUUACGGUGAAAAGGCUCGACAGCGGUAUAGUCUGUUCAGAUUUUGAGUGUCAAGUCGUCGCUCAAAAGUCGCCCCUAAUGGUGCGUUAAACCAAUCAGAGAGCGAGCCAUCCACAGAGUUUUUUUGAAUGACGUCAUUGCACUUGACAUUAAAAAUCUGAACAGACUAUAGUUUAAGUUACGCAAGACUUUCGCGUGUAGUUUUCUUGAUUUUCAAUAUUUUGUCCUAGGAGCAGAGCUUUUCUGAUACAACUUGCAGGAUAAUAAAAUUCGAAAAACAAGACUUCGCGAGAAAAAGACGAAAUAAUUGCUCCAUAUUAAGUAAUCACUGAAGAGAUUUUGUAAUAAGUCACCCAAAAAGGGCCUUUUACUCUUUGUUUAUCAAUUAUUAAGACCGGCUACUCCUUCUGUCUCACACGAGGAUUCUCGUUUCAGAUGCUCCAGGACUGAAAAAACCUCUGGGUAAAAAACCUUUCGUUGUUCCGACAAGAGAACCCAGAAAUAAAGAGACUUCCAGCCAAGCACCAGUCAAAGGAAAUUCCGAUCCAACUUUGACGGGUUGGUGUUUCAAACUAUUGUUGAAACUGUUUUGUCAAAUUUGAUUUUUGAUUGGUCAAUUUUGGAAAAAAAGGGGCGUGGUCAGCCAAUCAAGGGUGUAGUUCUAUCGAGCCAAUUUCGAAAUCACUGCGUAUCAAAAGGAACUAGAAAUAAUUGAAAUACGAUAAAGUUUAUUUUCUAACUUAUUUUUUUCAGAUUCUGCAGAAAAUCAGGCCGACGCUGGUAACAAACCUGCAGAGCAUGACUACUUGACUGAUCCACCGGAGAAAGUGGAGUCUUCAAGCGAAACUCUGGAUAAAUCGGGUCCUUUUUUUGUUUAUUAUUUUUGAAUAGAAAUAGAGUGCCAGCUGGUCAAAAAGCGCAGUUUUUUUCAGAGUAAGCUUUAUAAAAGUUCACAGGGUUGUUCCGAAUACAGCUUUUUUUCUGGUCGAUUUAACAGCGGUCUUUCGAUUUAUUUUUAAAAAAAAAGUUCUAUCAGUCAGUUCAAAAGUGAAUGGCGAUGAUUUAUAUAAUUUUGAAUAUUUGAAUAAUUUUUUCAGUCGGAUACAUAGGAAAUGAAGCUACUUUCUUCUACCCUUUGAAGAUUUCCGAUAGGCUGGUUACGUCCUUUUUUUCAGUGGAUCGAUUUUUAUCGAUUUUAAGAGCUACCAUGUAUGCAGCUGUUAUGGAAAAAAAGUUCAAAAAAACAACUUUUUUCUUCCUUUUCUGAAAAUUUGCACUUCAGAUGGUCUAUCGCCUAAUGAUUUUGUCCACAAACCUUCCGAUGACUUGACGGAAUCGUCUGAAUAUCAUUAUAAAGACUACAAGGGCUCCGAUCCGACUUUGACUGGUUGGCAUGAAUAGCAUAUGCUUCAUUUUAAAAAGAAGUUUUCAAGAGUUUUGUUUUUUUUUUUCCGCGGCUUUGACCGUCUGAUUCAUACAGAAGGUUUUACUCGCUCUUUUUUGCAGUUUGAACGUUUUUUGAUUUGAAGAAAGUUUAGGGAAGCUUCAUACUGUUUUCAAAAGGUUCACCUGAAAUUUCAUAAAAGUUUUAACAUUCAGAGAGAAAUAAUGUCGACGUACGAAAUUUGAAAGGGCUUGAAAAAAGUUUCUCUAACGAGCUGAAUGUUUCUAAUGGGUGGACUGAGUUCUUCCUUGAAGUGGAGCAACCUCAAAAACCCUAAAUGCUGUCUUGAACACACUGAUUAAAAACAAAGAUGCUUGAAACAGGGCAUGAAGAAUCGCAAAAAAGAAGGCGCUUGAUAAAAAUCUGUUCAAAUGGUUUAAUUUCAGAUGAGGAAGUGAAGAGGUUCAUUACCUCGGGCAGUCUUGCUCUGGAGGUGAGUCUGUGCAAAUCUGUCUGGAAAUCACAGAGGUAGAAAGUGUUCUCAGACCCGAAUUCCGAGUAAAAGUGAAAAUUUAGAAUCUUAUUUCACUUAAUAAUAAAACAGAAUAAAAUGGCAUUCGUAUGCGCUGCUCAUUUCUCAAGUAGUUGAAAAAAAAAAUGAAGAGACGUCGAAUCGUCUCUUUUUUACUCACUCUACCGCUGGUGGUGAAAGAGAGAAGUAUUGAACUAUACUAGUAAAAGAAGUUCGUCGCGUCGUCUGACUUGAAAAUAUUUGAUCUUGAUGCGAACUGCAACGCGAUCGCGUUGUUUUAAGCCAUUCCAAGCGCGGUCGCGACGCAUCAAACUUUCGAAAAAUCGUGUUUCCUUCCAGGGUGACCGUCGCGAUAGGUUGGAGCGCCAGCGCUUUGGUGAACACCUGCGAGAGGUUUUCGGAAGGGUUUGAUGAUUUUUUUUUCCUUUUUUUCCACAUAGACAAACAUUUCCUUCCUUUAAAAUCUAUUUAUCUCUUUAGAAAGAACCCAGCCCCGUUGGCGAGAGUGGACUCUACCUCAUGCUCAGAGACGCCUUGGCCGCUGUAAGUUCAUUUUAUUUUUUCAGUUUAACUGUUUCUUUUCUAUAAUAUUUUCGACCUAAUUUUUUUUUUUUUUUUAAGUUUUUUUCAUGUGCUCAGAAGAUCCUAGCGAGGCAAAUUGUACUGUUUUGGCAAAUUCGAACAGUGAAAACUUUUUUCAAAGUCUUUUUUGGCAUUCUUAAAGAUUCACAGAUCCGGAAACAGAAGACGAAAAUUUCUUUGACAAACUUGGUUCUUUUUGAAAGUUGUAUUGCUUCUUUUUAAGAAUAAAAAUGUGGUCUCGUCGAAGGGAUGGGCUCUGAUCGGUGGAUUGUGCAGGGUGAUUUCCAUUUCUGUCUGCAAUUGCACUCGCUCAUUUUCAGCAAUUCGGAGAACGACUCAAAAAAUACGAUCCGAAAACGUCGAAAUUGCUGUGUGGAUAUUGAUUUUCUGUCCUUUUUGUGCAAUGAACAUUUAAUUUUACCUGUGGUUCUUAUGCAUUUCGUUUUCCGUCAUGAAGUUGUGUUGGUUUGCAAAGGUUUGCUCUCUUUUUCCUUUUUCAGUUGGUUUUUCUAUUUCUAAGCAUGCUCAUUUUGCGUUCCACAGAAGCAUUUCUAAUUGCUUGAAAUGUAAAAAAAGAACUAGUUUUUUAUGUAUAAAUUCGUAGUAUGAAAUAGAAACCAGCGACUUCUCCGAUUUUUUCAUAUCGCUCCGGAACUUUCCGACUAGCCGUAGGCAAAAUCGGAAAGGCACGGAAGGACCCUUCGAGGGUCUAUGAAGGGUGAAAAAAUUGUUAACAGGUCUUUAAAAAACUAAAAAAAAAAGUGAAAAUAGUUAGUCGGAAACGUCGUCGUCGAAAAGUUCCCUAACGAUAUAAAAAAAAAAUAUAUCGCUAGGGAACUUCUCCGACUAGUCGACGUGGCGAUGAGACCGACACGUCGACUAGUCGGUAUCAUUGCCGCUCUCUCAUGGGAUAAUAUUCCGACGCCCGUCAUCCCUGGACAGGCUGGGCGCCGUACUGUCCCAACAUGGUGAAGCAGUUUAUUCGCUGGUACUACCAACGGACCAACAUUAUUUCCCAACGCUGUCACUCCGGGACGUAUUGGACAACGGUUGUGGACCGUAACCCGCGCCGACGACUAACUCUUCGAUUAUACCAUGAUUCAGCAGAGAUUUUCUUCAUCUUACUCUGA